AUGAAUCCCUCAGAUAUUCUUCGACUCUCCCGGUCCUUCUUCACCCUGCUGACAGCUGCGUGCCAGAGUCCAGAUGAAUGGCAAAGAGGAUCCAGAGUGUGCCGGUCACAGGCUGAAAUCCCUCACACAGUGUCCCUCACACUGCGACAGCACUGCUCCCUCCAGGAUCCGAUGAUUACAGGGCAGCUGAGCAAGCCGCUGCUCUCCCUGCGCAGCGAGAUGAGCGCGGCAGAACUCCGGGCGGACGACAAAGCGGCCACCUCAGACAGCGAUGUGAACGACGAGCCCCUGCUCCUGCCCUCCGAUGCCACGGAGCGAGAGGGCACCCCCAACAAGCCGUACGCUCGUGACGGGUCGGUCCAGUCUGACGCCAGCAGCAGUCCUUCUGAGCAGAGUCACCUGGGCCAGUCCCACCCAGGAUUCACAAUGGGUCAACAGUCUCUCCUGGUGGCCCAGCAGCUGGCCAACGUAGUGGGUGGCGUGAUGUCGGGGGCGGGGCCAGGCAUGAACCAGCCCAUCCUCAUCCCCUUCAACGCGGGCGGCCAGCAGGGCCUCGUCCUCUCCCUGCCCACAGCCAACAUCCAGAGCCUGGUGGCUGCUGCUGCUGCAGGGGGCAUCAUGACACUCCCUCUCCAGAACCUGCAAGCUACCUCAUCACUGAGCUCCCAGCUCCAACACCUGCAGCAGCUCCAGCAGAUGCAGCACCACCACCACCAGCAGCAACAACAACAACAGCAACAACAGCACCAUCACCAACAGACCCUCGCCCACACCCAGAACCAGCUGUCAUCCCAGCAUCACAUGACCCCGCCCGGCCACCAGCAGACCUCCGUCUCGUCUCCGGGCUCCACCUGCUCCUCCACCUCUGGACAGCCGCAGCACUCCCCGCCGCACCGGCCCAACCAGUCGCCGGCCCGCAGCCUUUCUUCGCCCGUCACCCCACCCAUGCCUCUGCCGCUGAACCCAUUGGCCAGCCAGGCGGCGGUGGCAGCGGCGGCCGCCAUGGGGUCCAUCGCCGGUUCUCAGGUGUUCGGCAACGCCUUGUCAAACCUGCAAGGAGCCACCGGACAGCUGGUCACCAACGCACAAGGACAGAUAAUUGGAACAAUCCCACUGAUGCCCAAUUCUGCAGGGCCCUCCAGCCAAUCAGGGGGUGGCAACCCAGCACUGCACGUACAGCCAAUUACACCUCAGCUUCUGACCAACGCUCAAGGCCAGAUCAUCGCCACGGUGAUCGGCAAUCAGAUCCUGCCCGUCAUCAACACCCAGGGAAUCACGCUGUCGCCAAUCAAGCCUGGACAGCAGCUGCCUCAGGCUCAGCAUGGUCAGACUGCAUCGUCUCAGCCCAGCCUGCUCCACAUGCCCCACAGACAGAGUCCUCUCCACCAGGCCUCUUCCUCCUCCUCCACCUCCUCCUCUUCCUCGGCUCUCAGCGUGGGCCAGCUGGUCAGCAACCCGCAGACCGCCCCCAGCGAGGUGGACGGGGUCAACCUGGAGGAGAUUCGUGAAUUCGCCAAAGCAUUCAAGAUCCGCCGGCUGUCUCUGGGUCUGACUCAGACUCAGGUGGGCCAGGCGCUGAGCGCCGCCGAGGGGCCGGCGUACAGCCAGUCCGCCAUCUGCAGACACACCAUCCUGAGAAGCCACUUUUUCCUACCACAGGAAGCCCAAGAGAACACUAUAGGUAGCAGUCUGACAGGCAAACUGAACCCUGGCCUUUUAUAUCCUGCCAGGUUUGAGAAGUUGGACAUCACCCCUAAAAGCGCCCAGAAGAUUAAGCCCGUUCUGGAGCGCUGGAUGGCCGAGGCUGAAGCCCGCCACCGAUCCGGCAUGCAGAACCUGACUGAGUUUAUCGGCAGCGAGCCUUCCAAAAAACGCAAGCGGAGGACCUCGUUCACCCCGCAGGCGCUCGAGAUCCUCAACAGCCACUUUGAGAAGAACACGCACCCCUCCGGGCUGGAGAUGACGGAAAUAGCCGAGAAGCUGAACUAUGACCGGGAGGUGGUGCGCGUCUGGUUCUGCAACAAGAGGCAAGCCUUGAAAAACACAAUAAAGCGCUUGAAACAGCCCGACCUCGACCCGGCUGCGCCGAUGGACCCUCUCACCGACUCUCUAGAGGAGCUCCCCAAAUGAACAGCGGAGCGGCAAAGUGGCCGCCGUCGAGAAAAAACAACGACAAUGGUGGACGAAGUGAGACGAGAACUGAAAAAAAAAAAAUUUCCCAAGUCACCUGGAUGGACGGUCGUGAGUUAGCAAACAAAAACUAUGUGUUGUCAGUGUGAUUCCCACAGCUAUGUAAAUGACCUUGGCGAAACCAAAAAAAAACAUGAAAAAAGAGAUGAACUUCUUGAGAAUUGUGUAAAAACUUACGGUGUGCUGUUUCAAAGAGUUUUAGAUCCUGGCCUCGCAGACCAGACUCCGCCCACAUUUUGGUUCCCGACGAGGAGGGAUUUAGUAAAGAGAUCAUACCAAAUCAAAACACUAUUUACCAAAGUCUGUUGCAUCUGAGUACUAAGAAUAAUUUUUUAAUGUAAAUGUGCUCUAAAUUUCUACAUUUGUACUGGCAAAUCUAAGCUAUAUGUGUGAGGUCGAGUAUACAUUUUAUCUUUGUCUCGCUUACUUUUUCCUUCAUUCUUUGUAUGUAAAUAUCAACAAAAAACACACAAAAACAGGAAAGUGCUGUCUUCACACACAAAAAAGAAAACCGUUGCUGUUAAACAAUAAUAAUGUCGUUUGCCUCUGAUUUGUGUUUCAUCUGCAAAUAUUUUCAGUCACAGUGUAACUUUGUACAACUUUUACAGGUAUUUAUGAAGAAUCUCAUGAGAUUGUUUCAGAGGACAAACGGAGGGAGUAAAUGAAGGACUUUCACAUGAUGAUGAUGAUGAUGAUGAUGAGUGUCUGUCACGUCGACUGCAGCUUUGUUUUGAGCUACCGUGUCAUUCUGUUGCCAAAGCCUGAAAGCCAAAGAACACAUACAUCAGCUCGAGGACUGGUGAAGACUUUACCUUUUGUUUUUGUUUUUCUACUCGUUCACACGGCUUUCUCCCCCUUUUUCUAAAGUGUUUUACUCUGUGGGUUCAACUUUAACAAACGAACACACGCCGCCACGUCAAGCAGCCGCCUUUGCGUCGACUGUAAUAAUAUCUCGGCAAUAUACAAAAUGUGUUGGAUUUUAUUUUGCAUUUACUUUGACAUUCUCACGCCACACGGAGAUGGAAUAUGUGUUCAUCAAUUUCACCCUAAAUGAACUCAAAAUAACAUUAUUUUACGCGAUAGACAUUUUAAUUACCCCCAGCACAAACAGGUGUGGUUGAACUGCUGCGCUCAUUCCGGAUCAGAAGUGUGUAUGAACAAGUAUUUCAACACAAAGUGUUACCUUUACGUUCUGCUAACAAGCUACCAUCAACCACUUUAAGGAAACUGUGUUUUUAUUUAUAUUAGUUUUAUGCAGUAAAAUGCUUUAAAUUGUUAUUUUUGUACAGAUUAUGUUCAAAAUGUCGUGUAUUUGUGGUUAAUUUCAUGUAUUUGUGGUUAUUCUUCGGGUAUAAUUUAACUUCCAUCAUCUGACUCCAUCGCCGUGUACCGAGUGGUUCAUUUUACAGGAUUAUGACCUCGAGAGGUCAAUAUUCAAGGCAACAACAUCCCGACAAAUAUUUGGUUGUCACAAAAAAAGAAGAAAAAGUGAAUGUUGAGAAUAAGUGUCACAUGUCGGAGCGAGUGAACUUAAUUUGAAGUGAGCCGAAAUUUGAUGCAAUUGAUUCAGAAUCGUGUGUCUGCUCGAUAUCUGUCCUUCCAUGUCACAUUGGUUAUCUCAGUCUUUCGGGCCCCUGUGUUCUUCUUCACUGCCGGGAAAACACACACACACACACACACACACACACACUCGGUACAUGUUAAAAAAACACAUGGAAAAAGCUUUACGUGUCUGUGUUUUUAAAGAAAUAAGUGAGGCCGUGGGAGUUAAUUUCCUUUGGUGCUGGGAUUUUUUUUUAAAUAUAAUCUUAAUUAUAUUUAUUUAAACAUUCAAGUACAUUUUCAUCUGAACAUCGACAGCCACUUCUACAGAUUCUUCACGUUUUUUUUAUUGGAUUCAAUUGUCCACCUUUUUAUGUUUCAAUAUUUCCUUCAGGCAAAUCUUCGGCCAAAAAAAAACCCCAGCGACACGUCUGCAUCCACCCGCAGGCGGAGUCGUCGAGCAGCAGGUCCCCGCAGGUAGAAAACGGAUCUCGUCAAUAAAGCUGUAACCAAAACCAAAUCAAUAAAAAAAAAGAAGACACAGAAAGGAGUUAUGCCUUUGCUCAACUUUCCAAAGCUGGACCAAAGCUCUAUAGUUAUGCACAUUGUACAGAGAUAAUAGAUUCAUGAUGUUGACAAUCUUUAAAAGCAGAUCAAAAUAAUUGAAAGUAGAAAUGUACAGUAAUUCACGGCUUACCUCAGCACUGUUCUGGAGACAGGAGGAGACGGCUCUCCGUGUGGAGCGAGAGGCCGCGGUUUUAUUUAUUAUUACGGGACACGUGAUUGUUUUAUUUUGUGUGAGCUGGUUUCCUGAGACGCGUGGCUCUGGAAGUCGUCAGUCUUUACGUUUCACCGUCGCAUUAUUUCUCAUUCAUCGUGACGUUCACCUCUCGGUUUCCACGGCCCUUCAGCCCCGCGUAGAGAGAGGAGGUUACAGGGCAUGUCGCUCUUAAUCUAAUUAGGACGACUUGUCAAUAAUCACCUUUUUGAGCGCUUUUGUGAGAUUUUCCUGACGUUUUGUUAAUAAGUCGAAGAACUCCGAUGCCAAAGCUCAAGAGCCUGCAGAGGUUGGUUUCAAUUUUUUUUAUAGACUGAAAGCUGUAAUCUAUAGAGCAAUAUCUGUUUGGCCAGUUCAGCAGCACUUUGUGUAUUUCCCCCCAAAAAAGACCAAAAAAAGCUUCAAGUCUAUCACAUUGAUUUGUACCAUAAUUAGUAAUAAACAAUUGUUUAACAUGAA